CUCCCGCCCUCCUCCCCGCCCCAAGCCCUCUCCAGCCUCAGCCCUGCGGCUCUGGCUCCGCACUGCAGAUGCCUGCUGGCCGCCUGGCGCUCGUCGGCUCCGGCGGUGCCCCGCAGGUCCCCUCCAGCCCCGAGCACUGGCGGCACUCACGCCAUUCCCGAGGGACCCUCGUCCCAGCCUCCCCAGAAGCCUCUGAGCUGGUGGCGGGGCAGCGGGUGCCUAGGUGGACUGUGGCUGCACCGGAGCCCGGGGCGCCCCUGGAUGCGGCAGGACAAACUGCCCGGCUCCCUGAGGCGCGGAGGGAGAUGCCUGAAGCGGCAGGGCGGCGGCGGCGGCGGCGGCGGCGUGGGCACCAUCCUGAGCAAUGUGCUCAAGAAGCGCAGCUGCAUCUCCCGGACCGCGCCCCGGCUGCUCUGCACGCUGGAGCCGGGAGUUGACACAAAGUUGAAGUUCACUCUUGAGCCGUCUUUAGGACAAAAUGGUUUUCAGCAGUGGUAUGAUGCUCUCAAGGCAGUUGCCAGACUAUCCACAGGAAUACCAAAAGAGUGGAGGAGAAAGGUUUGGUUGACCUUGGCAGAUCAUUAUUUGCACAGCAUAGCCAUUGACUGGGACAAAACCUUGCGCUUCACUUUCAAUGAAAGGAGUAAUCCGGACGAUGACUCAAUGGGAAUUCAGAUAGUCAAGGAUCUUCACCGCACAGGCUGCAGUUCUUACUGUGGCCAGGAGGCUGAGCAAGACAGGGUUGUGUUGAAGCGGGUCCUGUUGGCCUAUGCCCGAUGGAACAAGAGUGUUGGGUACUGCCAAGGCUUUAACAUCCUGGCUGCACUAAUUCUGGAAGUGGUGGAAGGCAAUGAAGGGGAUGCUCUGAAAAUUAUGAUUUACCUUAUUGACAAGGUACUUCCCGAGAGCUAUUUUGUCAAUAAUCUCCGGGCGUUGUCUGUGGACAUGGCUGUCUUCAGAGACCUCCUGAGACUGAAGCUCCCUGAAUUAUCUGAGCACCUGGACACUCUUCAGAGAACUGCAAACAAGGAGAGUGGAGGUGGAUACGAGCCCCCGCUCACGAAUGUCUUCACGAUGCAGUGGUUUCUGACUCUCUUCGCCACGUGCCUCCCUAACCACACCGUUUUAAAGAUUUGGGAUUCUGUCUUUUUUGAAGGUUCGGAAAUCAUCCUAAGGGUGUCGCUGGCUAUCUGGGCAAAGUUGGGAGAGCAGAUAGAAAACUGUGAAACUUCAGAUGAAUUCUACAGCACCAUGGGGCGCCUCACCCAGGAGAUGCUAGAGCAUGAUCUUCUAGAAAGCCAUGAACUCAUGCAGACUGUUUACUCCAUGGCUCCAUUCCCUUUCCCACAACUGGCAGAGUUGAGGGAAAAGUACACCUACAACAUUACACCGUUCCCAGCUGCAGUGAAACCCACCUCCGUGUCUGGACGACAUGGUAAGAUCAGAGACAGUGAUGAAGAGAAUGACCCAGAUGAUGAAGAUGCUAUUGCUAAUGCCGUGGGGUGUCUUGGACCUUUCAGUGGGCUCCUGGCACCUGAACUACAGAAGUACCAAAAACAAAUUAAAGAGCCCCACGAAGAGCAGAGCCUGAGAUCUAAUAACAUUGCGGAGCUGAGUCCAGGAGCCAUCAAUUCCUGCCGAAGUGAAUACCACGCCGCUUUCAACAGCAUGAUGAUGGAGCGCAUGACCACGGACAUCAACGCGCUAAAGCGGCAGUAUUCUCGGAUUAAAAGGAAGCAGCAGCAGCAGGUUCACCAGGUGUACAUCAGAGCAGACAAAGGGCCAGUGACCAGCCUCCUCCCGUCUCAGGUGAACAACUCUCCAGUUAUAAACCACCUGCUCUUAGGAAAGAAGAUGAAAAUGUCCAACCGAGCCGCCAGGAACGCUGUCAUUCACAUCCCCGGCCACGCGGGAGGCAAAGCGUCCCCCGUCCCCUACGAAGACCUCAGGUCGAAGCUCAACUCUCCGUGGCGAACUCACAUCCGAGUCCACAAAAAGACCAUGCCGAGGGCCAGGAGCCAGCCGGGCUGCGGGGACACCGUGGGGCUCAUCGAAGAAUGCCGACGUGUCGAUGGUCCAGGUGAAGUUAGAAGCCUUGGAACUGAACCAAAGGGAUGCCGCUGCCGACCCUGAGCCCAGGUGGCACCCGCCCCGCCAGCGGCACCUCCCGGAGCUGCCCGAGGCGCCUGGGGAGGACAGAGGCACAGGCAGCCCUCCCCACGGGAGCCAGAUGCCGACGUGUCGAUGGUCCAGGUGAAGUUAGAAGCCUUGGAACUGAACCAAAGGGAUGCCGCUGCCGACCCUGAGCCCAGGUGGCACCCGCCCCGCCAGCGGCACCUCCCGGAGCUGCCCGAGGCGCCUGGGGAGGACAGAGCCACCGGCAGACCUCCCCACGGGAGCCGCCCCAAGACUCCCAUCUUCAGCCCCUUUCCCAGCGUCAAGCCGCUGCGCAAGUCAGCGGCCGCCAGGAACCUGGGGCUGUACGGCCCCACGGAGCGGACCCCGACCGUGCACUUUCCUCACAUGAGCCGGGGGUUCAGCAAAGCCGCCGGUGGAAACAGUAGCACGAAGAAGCGGUGACUCCCAGAAACUUCGCCCCGAGGGUCACCUUUUCGUGGUGGAGCAGGGGUUCCAGCCACAUGGCUCCCGAGGAAUUGCAGCUGCCCCGGGAAAGCGUAUGGAUGGGUCCAGAGGUGGGCCGCAUCUGUAAACACAAGGAUUGGAGGUUGCACGGUGGGAGCUAGAUUAGGGGUGUUUGUCCACCCACUGAUAACCGGUACCAUGGAUUCUUGGUGGCGAAAUAAAUAUUGUGGUUUUAAAAUGUGAA